UCCACUGCAUCUCCACUUCGACGGAGAGAAACUGUGCUCGCCAGUGGAGAGAAACCGUGCCCUUUUGGGAUAGGGUAUCUACGGGGAUUUUUCGCUUCUUUAAGCUCAACUAGGAAGCUCAAUGUCAAAUUGUCAAGGCCUCCUCGUCUAUAUAUAAUACCCUCCCGUUGCCGGUUGGAAGAACCUCAUAGCGUCUCCUGCUUCCAGUUUCGGGAUCUCUGUGUCUUAUUUGGAGAGAAAAUGCCGGCCGUCGGAGGAAUCGGAGAAGGUGGCGGGAGGGAGUAUCCCGGCAACCUCACUGUGUUCGUGACGAUAACAUGUAUAGUUGCAGCUAUGGGUGGUCUGAUCUUCGGCUACGAUAUUGGGAUUUCCGGUGGUGUGACGUCCAUGGAUCCGUUCUUGGAGAAGUUCUUCCCGUCGACCUACCGGAAAAAGAACCUAGACAAGUCGACCAACGAGUAUUGUCAGUACGACAGUCAGGUACUGACGAUGUUCACGUCGUCGCUGUACCUGGCGGCGCUUCUGUCGUCGAUAGUCGCGUCCACCGUGACGCGUAAGUUUGGCCGGAAAUUGUCGAUGCUCUUCGGAGGUGUUCUGUUCUUCGCCGGAGCUCUGAUCAAUGGCUUCGCAAAAGCCGUUUGGAUGUUGAUUCUUGGUCGGAUCUUGCUCGGAUUCGGUAUCGGAUUCGCCAAUCAGUCUGUGCCACUGUACCUCUCAGAGAUGGCUCCAUACAAAUACAGAGGAGCUCUGAACAUAGGCUUUCAAUUAUCAAUCACCAUCGGAAUUCUAAUAGCCAGCGUGCUGAACUACUUCUUCGCAAAGAUCAAAGGAGGUUGGGGAUGGCGGCUGAGCUUAGGCGGAGCAAUGGUACCGGCGCUGAUAAUCACAGUCGGGUCGCUUCUUCUUCCCGACACACCGAACUCCAUGAUCGAACGAGGAGAUCACGGCGGAGCGAGGAAGAAGCUCCAGAAAGUCCGAGGGAUCGACGACGUCGACGAGGAGUUCAACGACCUGGUGGCGGCGAGUGAAGCGUCGAAGCAAGUGGAGCAUCCAUGGCGAAACCUGUUGCAGAGGAAGUACCGGCCACAUCUCACUAUGGCCAUACUGAUCCCCUUCUUCCAGCAAUUCACUGGAAUCAAUGUGAUCAUGUUCUAUGCGCCUGUGUUGUUCAAUUCAAUUGGGUUUAAAGAUGAUGCAGCUCUCAUGUCUGCUGUCAUCACUGGUCUGGUUAAUGUGGUUGCCACCAUGGUCUCCAUCUACGGAGUAGAUAGGUGGGGACGAAGAAAGCUCUUCCUCGAGGGUGGGGCCCAAAUGCUUGUAUGCCAGGCUGUGGUUGCCGCUUGCAUUGCAGCCAAGUUUGGGAUUGAUGGGAACCCAGGGGAUUUACCAAAGUGGUACGCAGUGGUGGUGGUUCUGUUCAUCUGCAUCUACGUGGCAGGCUUCGCGUGGUCAUGGGGCCCACUAGGGUGGUUGGUCCCCAGUGAGAUAUUUCCGUUGGAGAUCCGGUCCGCAGCUCAGAGCGUAAACGUCUCAGUGAACAUGCUCUUCACCUUCUUCGUGGCACAAGUCUUCUUGGCGAUGCUCUGUCACAUGAAGUUUGGGCUUUUCAUCUUCUUUGGCUUCUUCGUGCUCGUCAUGUCCAUCUUCAUCUAUUACUUCCUUCCUGAGACCAAAGGAAUUCCCAUUGAAGAGAUGGGUAAAGUUUGGAAGACGCAUUGGUUCUGGGCGAAGUAUGUGGCAAGUGAUGAAGAUUAUGGGAAUGGGGUUCAAAUGACCAAAGGAGGUCAAGAUAUCAAGAAUGUGUAAUUAGUUUCGGUUUCUAAUUGGGUCUGAGAUUUAAGGUUCCUUUUCUUUUUCUUUUUCUUUUUCUUCACUUUGGGUUUAAUUUACUGGUUUAAAUGUAAUUUCUUGUCAGUGCGAAUAUAAUUCGAAUACUUGCCCGCAACGAAAGUGUGUGCCUGAUAUAUUCGGAGAAA